AUGAGAGAAAAGUCCAGAAUUUUAGGUGGUCUUGAAAUAGACAUUGACGCGGCUCCGUAUCAAGUGAACUACGCAGAUAUAUGUGGAGGAGUUCUAAUCCAUCAAAGAUGGGCGCUAACUACUGCACAUUGUGGCCAAGAAAACUACAUAAGAGUAGGUGACAAGCAUAGACUGAGAGGUCCGAAGGUGAAGAUCAGGGCUCACAUAGUGCACCCAAAGUUUGGGAAACAGCACGAGUUUGACUACGACCUCCAACUGCUACAGCUGUUUAAAACUUUGAGGAUCACACAUUUCGUGGCGCCCAUUAAGAUUGGUAACGGACAAAUCAAAGAUUCUAUUCAUGUGGCUGGAUGGGGAUACUCUGAAGAAAAAGGAGAGUAUUUGGAUAUCCUUCAACAAGUAGAGCUGAUGCAAGUGUCGAUGACAGAGUGCCAACUGGUGCAGUAUAGGUGGUACAACAACACAUUGACAGACAGAAUGUUUUGUGCUGGAGGAGGUCAGCGGGAUGCUUGCCAGGGAGACAGCGGUGGAGCAGCGGUGGUGGAGCACGGCGUCAAUGAACGUCUGGUGGGGAUUUCUACUUUCGGGUACGGCUGUGGUCGCAACAUACCCGGUGUUUACAUCAAUGUCACACAACCCGAUAUACGAGACUGGAUUAGGAAUUAUACUGGCGUCUGA